AUGGAGACGAUGGUGGAGUUUGUUCUGGGCACAAAAAAAGUUUGCUGCCAGGUAUAUGGCAAGUUUGAGCGCUCAACCUACCUCGCAAUGCCUCAGGACCCAGUUGUGCCACUCAACGUAUCCACUCCAACACCCCAGGAUGCGACGCCACUUGCGAAUAAGAAUGUGAAUAACUUUUUGCGGGAUUCAGUUGCGGGGGAGCAGGGCCCGCAGAUGGGCGAGGGGUUUCUCACGAAAUUGGCUGAUCGGCAUGCUACUCGAUUAAGUUACGUGGUGGGGAAGGAGAAACCGACCCCGGUGCUAUUCGGAACAGCCGGAAGACUCAAAAGGACUCGGUGUGGUUCUAUUGCUCUCGGCGAAUUCCACAUGAUGGACGACUUCGGAGGAGGCUACUCCGAGCAGGCAUGGUCCGGCCAAGUGCUGUUCUCCGGGAGCCCGUCGAUGGAGUUACCGGUCAGCCAAGGACUCGUUUCCCUCGAAAUCCCGAAAGAGAACACUUCCCAUGGCACUCCCGUCCUGGGCGCCGCCCGGGUCGGCCGCGAAUAUACGUAG